CUCACGGAUGUUGAACCAGUUCAACUGUCUUCUCUGGCUCACUUGACUUCAUUCAGUUUCUCUUCCUUUCCAGGCGCUACUAACCAGUUCGAAGGGCUACGUUGGACCAUCAAACAGGCCCUAUGGCUGACUCGCCGACAACCAGUCGUCCAGUGUCACAUCUGAGACUACCUCGCAAACCCAAGCGUCUCACGAAAUUCGCUAUCAACGCCCUGUACGUGCUGACCCCCCAGCAUCGUCAAGCUCCGAACGCUCCCCGGUACAGAAGCUCAAACGCAUAAUCAUCUUUUUCAUCCCGGUACUUCUGCUGCUCGGUGUUGUAACCUAUUUUGUCAUCAAGCACGUCAGCGACCGCAAAGUCUACCUGCUCUGCGAUUCGCAAGCUUGUAGCGCGUUCGAAGUAAUGCUCAGUAGGACCAUCAACCACCGUCUCAAUCCGUGCGACAACUUCUACGCCUUCGUCUGUGACGGUUGGAACAAGGCUCAGUUAAAGUCUGUCUACCGAAGCCACUUGGACUACUUUCUGGCGUUGCUGAACGACAAUCUCCAGGAAAAUGUUCCUCGAUAUGGGCAGGACUCACAUGAAAAGGCGGCAGCAUUCUUUCAAGCGUGCAGAAUGGCUGCACAGAAGAAUAGUGGAGAUACGCACGGCUUCAGAAGUAUUCUCUCUGAAAGCAACGUAGACUGGCCCAGCAUCUCCGAGAAGGCGGACGUGCUCUUGUCAUUGGUCAGAUUUUUCAGGAUUCUUAGGGUAACGAACCUUUUGAACAUUGAGAACAGUGAAAACGUAUUGGUCAUUCAUGGAGGUGGAGCGGAAGCUUCCAACUACAAGAAGCGGGCAGCCGUAAUUGAAAACUCAGGAAGAUACCAAUGGUACUACGAGACAUUUCAAAAUGCAACAAAAAGUACACGCACGAGGGAAGAAUUUAUGCUUCCAUACUCCGAAUUUUUACAAAUCGAAGUUGCAAUACUCGAUGAUCUCACAAACUAUAGCAAGGACACUAGCACGAACCCACCGAAGAACUUGCAUGAGCUGGCGAACCUGACAAAUGAAAUUUCUUACGAGCGUUCGUUAAGACUCGUGACAGAGGAGCUUGUCCUCCCUGCACAAGCCCCGGUAUUUAUCAGCCAGGAUGACUGCGAUUACCUACGGGCGUUUAGCGGACUUUUGAACAAGAUGGAAGAGAAGUAUAUUCACUACGAAGUAGGCUGGAUCAUGGUGCAACAGUGCGCUCGCUUCAUCAAUAGGGAAGUCCUGGGCGCCUAUGUGGGCGACUUUGACCCGUCGGACCCAGGAAAACGUGGAGAUAUACAAAACCGCAACCUCUGCCUCGACCUCACUGAAACCUACAUGGGGUGGUCGAUCUAUGUGAAGUUUUCGGAGGUGUACGCUCCAAGCGCCUCUAUAAGAGAAGUGCGUAAGAUAAUCGAUGACAUUGGCAAAGUCGCUUUUAUUAGGACCGGGGCUGCAGAAGACAGCAUGGGUGCAGGUUAUGUCAACUCUUCAUUGCGAGAACAGUUGCACUUGAUGACGAAGUACCAGGACCGCUUUGAGGAUUCCAAUUUUCUGAGCGCCACAUUCUUCGACAUCAGUGACAUGGGUCCUUUCAUCUUCCAGAACUGGCGCAGAGUUGUUCACGAUUUCCCCACGCGCGGAAACAUGACCCUUUGGGAGCUGGUCAGCACACAUUUCAUUUUUGGAUUACUCGCCACGAGUGAGGCCUACAAUCUUUACAAUAAAGCUGAUGACAUGUACUUGUUACCACCUUACACGAUGAUGCUUCCACUGUACGACAAUAACGUCAUGAGUGCAGUCAAGCACGCUGCCUUAGGAUCAGUCAUCGCCUCGGCGGCCAUCGCUAUGACCGGGUCUUCGAACAGGAGCAAAGGCUCAGUCGGAAAUCAAUCUCUUGACGAGCACACUAACAAACAAGUGCGUGAUGCGGCAGCUGCGCUAGAGGUAGCUUGGGAAGCAUACAGGAAGGCAACAGAAUAUGCUGAGGAUGUUCGACUUCGUCAUCUGCCACAUUUGUCGUCCGACGCAAUCUUUUUUGUCGCUACGUGUUAUAUUCUGUGUGGCCAGCCUGCUAACACCUACCCAGCAUUGCGAUGCAACGAGCCCUUGAAACAUCGACCUGAGUUCACUGGAACUUUUUCUUGUAAUGAUGUCUCUUUUAAUAAUCCUGAGCUCUACGACCUACGUCCUCUGUAG